GGAUUUACGAAUAUCUUCAGCUGGAAAUGGUUUUCUCGAGGGAUCUGAAUCAGAAUUUGAUCCGGAUGUUCGUACCUAUCACAAUGUUCGCGGUCGUCGCGUACGGCGUCUUCUGGAUAGACGUGAAGCAGUUCUGCGCUCGCCUCCUCCUUGGUUUCUUGUCUUUGUUCGCCGCCAGAUCAUCGAUCGACAGCAUCAACGAGGAUACACCGGCGGUCUCCUACAUCACAGCAAUCGACGUUUUCGCAGAAAUCUCGAUGACUUUCAUAUUUGCGGCAGUGAUUGAAACAAUAUUUGUACACUUCCUUGAGAACAGGAGACGCGAAUCGGAGGGGACAAAAACAAAUAUUAUUAAUGACGAAGAGGAUGCUGCAGUGUCCAAGGAUCUUCGAUCGAAAUUAAAACAGGCCAAGAAAUGGAUGAUCGACAACUCCACUAAUAAAGUGGACGCCGUCUUCAAAAUACUCUACCCACUUCUUUACGUAACCUUUCAGAUCAUAUUUUGGAGCGUUUGUUUGAGCUACACAUAUUGAUUUUCAAUAUCACCGCAGCUUAUUUCUCAAUACAAUUUGCGUUAUUCACAAACGUUAAUUGCAUAUACAUAAUAAAUAGCUUUUUACACA